CUUACCCUGAGCCAGGUGCCGGCAGGGCGGCCACACCCUGAGGGCUUCAGUUCAGGAGGGGCAGUGCCUCCGACGGGCGGAGACGCGCCACGAAACCCCGCCCGAAGCGACCCGGGGGGCCCUGAAAUCCUGGGUCCUCCCGGCCCACGGGGAAUCCGUUGCUAAGUGACGCCAGCGCGCAAAGCGCGUGCGCGGCCACGGCGGUGUGCGUGAAAGCGGGCGCGCGCCGCGACGGCGGCGGCGGGGAAGGCGGCGACGGCGGCGGUCGAGGGGGCGGUGGCCACGAGGCAAGGUCGUUGCUGGCGGAAGAGACGUGUGUGGCGGCGGUUAGGUCGCUGAGGAACAUCGUCGGGGCCAGUGACUAUCAUCUAUUCCACACGAUGAGUAACAGCCACCCUCUUCGCCCCUUUACUGCAGUGGGGGAAAUUGAUCAUGUGCACAUUUUGUCUGAGCAUAUUGGUGCCUUGUUGAUUGGUGAAGAAUAUGGUGAUGUCACAUUUGUUGUGGAAAAGAAGCGCUUUCCUGCCCACAGGGUAAUUUUAGCAGCUAGGUGCCAAUAUUUUCGAGCAUUACUGUAUGGUGGGAUGCGAGAGUCUCAGCCUGAAGCAGAAAUCCCUCUCCAAGACACCACUGCAGAAGCAUUCACAAUGCUACUCAAAUACAUCUACACGGGGCGGGCGACACUGACAGAUGAGAAGGAGGAGGUGCUGCUGGAUUUUCUGAGCCUGGCUCAUAAAUAUGGAUUUCCAGAGCUAGAGGAUUCUACCUCUGAAUAUCUCUGCACCAUACUUAAUAUUCAGAACGUCUGUAUGACUUUUGAUGUUGCCAGUCUCUACUCACUUCCCAAGCUAACUUGUAUGUGCUGCAUGUUCAUGGACAGAAAUGCUCAGGAGGUGCUCGCCAGUGAAGGCUUCCUCUCCCUUUCCAAGACAGCACUUCUGAACAUCGUUUUAAGAGAUUCGUUUGCUGCUCCUGAGAAGGAUAUUUUCUUAGCCUUGUUAAACUGGUGUAAGCACAAUGCGAAGGAGAAUCAUGCUGAAAUCAUGCAGGCUGUGCGUUUACCUUUAAUGAGCCUCACUGAGCUUCUGAACGUUGUCAGACCUUCAGGACUGUUGUCUCCAGAUGCUAUUCUAGAUGCCAUUAAGGUGCGGUCAGAGAGCCGAGAUAUGGACCUCAACUACAGAGGCAUGCUCAUACCAGAAGAAAACAUCGCAACUAUGAAGUAUGGAGCCCAGGUUGUGAAAGGAGAGCUGAAGUCAGCCUUGUUGGAUGGUGACACUCAAAAUUAUGACUUGGAUCAUGGAUUUUCCAGGCAUCCCAUCGAUGAUGACUGCCGCUCUGGCAUUGAGAUCAAGCUUGGCCAGCCAUCCAUUAUCAACCACAUACGCCUCCUCCUGUGGGACCGUGACAGCCGGUCUUAUUCCUACUUUAUUGAAGUGUCUAUGGAUGAACUAGAUUGGAUCAGAGUGAUAGAUCAUUCACAUUACCUAUGUCGGUCUUGGCAAAAGUUGUAUUUUCCAGCCCGUGUAUGCAGGUAUAUCCGAAUAGUUGGAACUCACAACACAGUGAACAAGAUUUUCCACAUUGUGGCUUUUGAAUGUAUGUUCACAAACAAAACCUUCACUCUGGAGAAGGGCCUAAUAGUUCCCAUGGAGAAUGUUGCAACAAUCGCUGAUUGUGCCAGUGUGAUCGAAGGAGUCAGUCGGAGCCGAAAUGCCUUGCUGAACGGGGACACUAAGAAUUAUGACUGGGAUUCUGGCUAUACGUGUCACCAGCUGGGAAGUGGUGCCAUUGUGGUUCAGCUGGCACAGCCAUACAUGAUUGGGUCAAUACGGUUACUACUCUGGGACUGUGACGAUCGAAGCUACAGUUACUACGUUGAGGUUUCCACCAAUCAGCAGCAGUGGACCAUGGUGGCUGACAGAACGAAAGUCUCCUGCAAGUCCUGGCAAUCAGUCACUUUUGAAAGACAGCCUGCCUCCUUCAUCCGAAUCGUCGGAACACACAACACAGCAAAUGAGGUGUUCCACUGUGUCCACUUUGAGUGUCCGGAGCAGCAGAGCAGCCAGAAGGAGGAGAGCAGCGAGGAGCCGGGGACAGGGGGCCCCAGCACCCCCAGUCAGCAGCUCGAACCCCACGCACUGCGAGCACCCAGCGCCAGCUCACUACCCCCGAGUCCGGGCCCCAACUCGCGCUCACCCAACCAACAACACCAAUAAAGGAGGCGGAGGA